AUGAACCCCUCUGUUGUGGCAGCCCACAAGAGGAUUGGACUUCUCCAAAAGUUCAACAAAUGGCAAGGGAAAGCCAUUGAGAAGAUGCAAAAGUCCAUGGACAAGAUGGUGAGCAAGAUCAAGAGUUUGGAGAAGAAAGUUUCUGGUUCUUCAAACAAGAAGAAGAAGGCAGCCACAGCCCCUACUUUCCUUAGGAGUAGAUCACUCCUCACCACCCCAAGGAGACCCCCAGCCCAAGAGCCUCACAGAGCCUCUUCAUUGGAGCCAAGGGAAGGGGAAGACAACUCACAGAGAAGGAGGAAGAGCUCUAAGGUCAGACGCUCUAGCUCGACCACCGGACUUGAUUGA